GGGAGGGGGCAGGGCAGGGCGGCGAGGCCGAGCGUGCUGCGCUCAGGGACCGUCGCCAAAGUCCCCCCCAGGGCUCGCAGCGGCGACCUUGGGCCGGGUGCUGCGGCUGGCGUGCGGGUUGGGAGUUGUGGGCAUGCCCUAAGCGGUGCCCGGCUGUGUGUGCGUGUGCCUGUGUGUUGUAUAUAUAUCUAUAUACACGCGCGCACACACACACGCAGACAUAUAUAUUAUAAAAAAAAAAAAAAAAAAAAAAAGAGGCAGCCCAGGUCCAUUUAAAGUUGCUGGCGGAGAGCUGUUCUCAUUGGUUAGGGGGGAGCUGGAGGAGCAGAGACACACACAGUGCGUGCAGCCCUCACUGCUGCUGCUGCUGCUGCUGCUGGAGCUGCUGCUGGUGCUGCUGCUGCUGCUGCUGCUGCUGGAGUUGUCUCUGCUGCUUUUCCCUGCUGCAGCAGCGCCAACGUGACUUCCAACAUUUUUGUUAUUUAUCUUCUCCCUUCAGUCCCUUUCCUUUUCCAAGAUGUAACUACGGCUCUGACACUAAGGACCUGCAGAUCGCUUAGGUGGCUCGAGAAGGAAAAAAGGGGAUAUCGAGGGCGUCGUUUUUUGUGUUUAGGGGGAAAUUUUCCAUUAUAAUGUUUCACUAAAGUGAAUUUUUUUUUGUUUGUUUCCUUCGCAUUCGUCUUUUUUUUUUUUUUUUUCGUCCCCCAUACCUCGGAUUUAUUGCUAGGAGAAUCACAUUGUGAGGAAAGAAAAGUCGGAUUACAAGAUACCACUACAAACAACCCCCUCCCCCCAGGAUUUUUCGGUAUUUUUUUUUUUAAUUGUCGCGGCUUUAAUUCAUGAAGCAAUUGUCCCCUUUUGCAAUCAGAAUUUGGAUACCAGAAUGAGCAAAGAAAGACCCAAGAGGAAUAUAAUUCAAAAGAAAUACGACGACAGCGAUGGGAUUCCCUGGUCAGAGGAGAGGGUGGUGCGGAAGGUCCUUUAUUUAUCUCUGAAGGAGUUCAAGAACGCACAGAAGCGGCAACAUGGUGACGGCAUUAGCGGAAGCCUCAAGGCAGUGAAUGGUCUUCUCACUAAUGGCCAAUCUAAAGGAUUAGGACCGGGAUCAGAGCAGCUGGAGAAUGAGAAGGACGAUGCAUCGCAAGUGUCCUCAACGAGCAAUGAUGUUAGUUCUUCGGAUUUCGAAGAGGGGCCCUCAAGGAAAAGGCCAAGGCUGCAAGCACAAAGGAAGUUUGCUCAAUCCCAGCCAAACAGUCCCAGCACAACUCCAAUAAAGAUAGUGGAGCCGUUGUUACCCCCUCCCGCCACUCAGAUUUCUGACCUCUCCAAAAGGAAGCCCAAGACAGAAGAUUUUCUUACUUUCCUCUGUCUUCGAGGUUCCCCAGCCCUGCCCAGCAACAUGGUAUACUUCGGAAGUUCUCAGGAUGACGAGGAUGAAGAAGAAGAAGAGGAGGAGACAGAAGACACAAAAACAGCUACAAAUAAUGCUUCAUCAUCAUGCCAGUCAACCCCCAGGAAAGGAAAAACGCAUAAACAAGUUCCAAAUGGGCAAGUUUUCAAUGGGUCCAGCAAAUCAUUGAAGGAGAAAGAACCUGCUCAGAAACACAAAAGCAAAGAGGCCACACCAGGGAAGGAGAAGAACAGUGAACAUAAGGCUGAGAGCCGAAAAGACCAGGCUGCUGCUAAUCACCAUCCUACUACAAACACUGGCUCCUCUACGAAAGGGCUCACCGCUAACAACCACCACACUCUUCAUAGAUCGGCUCAGGACUUAAGGAAACAGGUUUCUAAAGUCAAUGGAAUCACUCGAAUGUCAUCUCCGAGUGCAAAUGCAGCCAGUGCCAAAAAGAUGAGAGAAGUCAGACCUUCACCGUCCAAAACUGUGAAGUACACUGCAACAGUGACAAAGGGAACUGUCACAUACACCAAAGCCAAGAAAGAACUGGUCAAGGAAACCAAACUAAAUCACCACAAACCCAGUUCACCUGUCAACCAUACAAUCUCAGGGAAACUAGAAAGUAGCAAUGCAAAAACCCGCAAACAGGUGCUAUCCCUUGGAGCAUCCAAGUCUAACAAUACCGCUGUUAAUGGUGUAAAAGUCAAUGGCAAGUUGAACCAAAAGACAUGCACUAAGGAGGUGGGGAGACAGUUAAGGGAGGGGCUGCGCAAUUCAAAGAGGAGGCUGGAAGAGACGAAUCACAUAGACAAAAUACAGUCGCCCACCAAGAGGAUGAAAGGGGCCAUCAACUUGGCAGAAGCUGCAAGCAAAAAGGCAGCUGUAGAAAAGCCUUUGCUGAAUGGACACCUUAAAAAGGAAGUGCCAGAGAAGAAUUUGGAAAGAAAUAGGCCGAAAAGAGCCACUGCUGGAAAGAGUACGCCAGGGAAACAAGCACAUGGCAAAACUGAAAAUGCCUCCUGUGAAAAUCGUUCUACCUCUCAAGCGGAGUCCUUGCACAAGCCACAAGACUCAAUGGGAAAGCACGAAAAGGGCAGUAGUAAGUCUGGGUGGGGGAUGCUGGGGGAGAUUCCCAUCCUUAGGCCCUCCACCAAGGAAUUUCAUGACCCACUGAUAUACAUUGAGUCAGUCCGAGCUCAGGUAGAGAAGUAUGGGAUGUGCAGGGUGAUUCCUCCUCCAGACUGGAGACCUGAGUGCAAGCUAAAUGAUGAAAUGCGGUUUGUGACACAGAUUCAGCACAUACACAAGCUAGGCAGGCGCUGGGGACCCAACGUGCAGCGGCUGGCCUGUAUCAAGAAGCACCUCAAAUCUCAGGGCAUUACCAUGGACGAACUCCCACUCAUAGGAGGCUGCGAGCUCGACCUGGCCUGCUUCGUCCAGCUGAUCAACGAGAUGGGGGGGAUGCAGCAAGUGACUGACCUCAAGAAAUGGAACAAACUGGCAGACAUGCUGCGCAUUCCCAAAACUGCACAGGACAGGCUGGCCAAGCUGCAGGAAGCCUACUGCCAGUACUUGCUCUCCUAUGACUCCCUCUCCCCCGAGGAGCACAAGAAACUGGAGAAGGAGGUCUUGCUGGAAAAGGAAAUCUUGGAGAAGAGGAAAGGACCUUUGGAGGGACAUUCGGAGAAUGCCUACAAGUUCCAUUCCUUGCCCCGGUUUGAGCCCAAAAACGGACUCAUCAACGGCGUGGUUCACAAAAAUGGCUUCCGCAACAAGUUAAAAGAGGUCGAUGUCCCACUGAAGACGGGCAGGCGGCGGCUCUUCGCUCAGGAAAAGGAGACCACGAAGGAGGACGAGGAGGAGGAGGAGGGAGUUCUUAGCGACUUACACAAGUGUAUAUACAAGGGUAGGUCUGUUUCUUUAACGACCUUCUACCGAACAGCAAGAAACAUCAUGAACAUGUGCUUCACAAAGGAGCCUACAGUAGCUGAAGUAGAGCAAGAAUAUUGGCGGUUAGUGGAACAGAAAGAUUGCCAUGUAGCAGUGCAUUGUGGAAAAGUAGAUACCAACACCCACGGGAGUGGCUUUCCUGUGGGGAAAUCUGAACCAUUUUCAAGGCAUGGGUGGAACCUCACAGUCCUUCCUAAUAAUACAGGAUCCAUCCUGCGACAUCUUGGUGCUGUGCCUGGAGUGACGAUUCCUUGGCUAAAUAUUGGCAUGGUCUUUUCUACCUCAUGCUGGUCUCGAGACCAAAAUCACCUUCCAUACAUUGACUACUUACACACUGGUGCUGAUUGCAUUUGGUAUUGCAUUCCUGCUGCGGAGGAGAACAAACUUGAUGAUGUGGUACAUACCCUGCUGCAAGCCAAUGGCACUCCAGGGCUGGAAAUGCUUGAAAGUAAUGUAAUGAUCUCCCCAGAAAUCUUGUGUAAGGAGGGGAUCAGGGUGCACCGUACUGUACAGCAGAGCGGGCAGUUUGUUGUCUGUUUUCCUGGAUCCUUUGUGUCUAAAGUGUGUUGUGGCUAUAGUGUUUCUGAAACAGUGCACUUUGCUACCACCCAGUGGACAAGUAUGGGUUUUAAAACAGCCAAGGAAAUGAAGAGACGACGUAUAGCCAAACCAUUUUCAAUGGAAAAGUUGCUUUAUCAGAUUGCAACAGCAGAAGCAAAAAAGGAAAAUGGACCGACUCUGAGUACGAUAUCAUCACUUCUUGGAGAGCUCAGGGACACGGAGCUGAGGCAGCGGCGGCAGCUUUAUGAGGCAGGUCUCCACUCUUCAGCACGCUAUGGCAGCCACGACAGCAGCAGCACGGGGGUGGAUGGAAAGAAAAAGCCUCGAAAGUGGUUGCAGUUAGAAACGUCAGAGAGAAGAUGUCAGAUUUGUCAGCACUUGUGCUAUCUUUCCAUGGUUGUACAGGAGAAUGAAAAUGUUGUCUUCUGCUUGGAGUGUGCCCUGCGGCAUGUGGAAAAACAGAAGUCUUGUCGGGGACUGAAAAUGAUGUACCGUUACGAUGAGGAACAAAUAAUCAGUCUAGUCAAUCAAAUCUGUGGAAAAGUAUCUGGUAAAAAUGGCAGCAUUGAGAACUGUAUCAGCAAGCCUACACCAAAAAGAGGACCUCGUAAGAGAGCAACAGUUGACGUGCCAUCAUCUAGGCUUUCAUCCUCCAGUUCAUCCAAAAGUGCUUCAAGUUAAUCCUGAAGAUGCCAACACUCUCAUUUUGUCAAUUUAUAUAUAUUUUUUGUAAUUAUUAUACCAUAGUUUGGAGUACUUGCUGUAGAAUACAAGCUGUCUUUGCACUAGCUCUAAAGAAGAUUUUCUUCUGGUUUUAGAGAACUAAUUUUGUUUUAGCAUUAAACUGUUGAAUUUUUUUUUUUUUGUACUUAGAAUAGAUAGAUACAGCAGUCUGAUUUUUUUAAACUGCCGUAUGUUCACUGUUUUAAAACCGGCAAGGGGCUGAUAAAAUAUUAAUUUGUAUUGUCCCUAUGGCUGAAAAAAUAAAAAGCCUUUUUGGUAACUGUGAAAAAAGGCUUUUAACCCAUUUUUUGAAUAGGUUAAAGUUUGAUGUGUUUUAUAAUUUGUUCUCCAGUCAUGUGAGCAGAUUUUUCUAGAGAGACAAGGGAUAGGAGACAAAAACUUGAAAGAAAUUGCUUUACUUUGGCUGUCUUUUAUUCUGUCACAGCAAGAUGAGUUUUGUAAUUUUUUAAAUUGGAGAAUACACACUUUCUUUGGGAGGUUUUGGCAGCUGAAGAUGGACUUUGUUUCCUAACUGUAGGCAAAAGGAGGAGAUUUGGAGUAUGUUCUCUUUUACCAGCACAUCACUAUGCAUCUGUUUUGAGGGGGAAAAAAUAAAAAUUAAAAAAAAAGGAAAAAAAAGACUGCCUGCCUUGAGGAGUCAUGUGAGGGAAAACUGUGCCUGAUUUCAUUAGGAAAUCCAUUCUGUUAUUUUUUGGUGCUGUUGGCUACUUUAUCAAAAACCCUUCAAUAGCAUCCU